AUGGUCUCGACUGCUGAGGAUUCCGGUCAGUUCCUGGACGUACGUUUCCGGGCUCCUGACAUGCCAUCUUAGCUUUAGCAUCCUGCGGAGGCAUCUAAGAUCGAAGUGAUUGAGCUUCCCGAAAUGUCGGGAAUAGAUGGAGCAGAUCUCCGAUCCGUGCAAAAGUAUCGUGAAGACAACGGCCUCGUGCAUCAUCAGUUUGAUGUUCAGCUUAAUGCUGUGGAGACUCCACACGGAGGCUUGCAACCGGCCAAAGCCCUGGCUGGCUUUUGA